AUGCCUCCGAAGCGAAAGAACGACGCACCCACUACACCAAAGCCCGCGAAGAAAGCCAAGACAAGCGGCACUCCCACGCGCACAUCUCCGCGAAACAAGAAGAGCGGUAGUGAGACACCACCUCCAAACAGUACCGGCAAGAAGCCGAGGAAGCCGGCGCAUCCCGGAUCAAAAGCAGUCAAGGCCCCAGACGAAGACGCCAACUUCGAAUGGGAGAUUCUAGGCGGCGACGAACGCUCGACGCUCGUCGUCGGUAAGGAUCAGGCAAAUCGACUGACACUCACGUUCCACCAUCGACAUGACAGGAACGAGAAAGAUCGAGUCUUUACAUACGAAAGGAGGGAAGCGACUGAUAUCGACUGGAACUCCAAGGACCAUAUCAGGGACAUCAACAAGUGGCGCAACCAAAUCUUCGUCCAGAACAUGAAGUUCCCUCCCAAAGUUACCCACACACCAUGGACUCCGUUCGAGACCGCCUAUCUCGAGCUGUUCCACGAAAAGCUUCUGGAAGCUGCUGCUGGGAAGACCGACACGUUCGUCGCGCCUCACAACGAACUCAUCUACAAGGCUUUCAACGACUACUUUGAGGACCGGACCGAUAUUCGGGACAAGAACGGCAAACCCAUAGAGGAGGGUCUCGGUACCAGGCCCCCGGGUGGACUAAAUUCGUACCUCAACCGUGCUGGUACGACACUCCGUGGCCUGCGAGAUCGCAUGGGCGCGCUGAAACCUAAGCUCAAGAAGAGCAAGAAGGAGGAUACUUGGAUGCCUACCAUCACGGAUGACGAGAUCGAGCUGUAUAUCAAAGGAGAGUGGGAGUCGGCUGUGGAUACUACUACCGCUGCGGCUGAUGACGAGGUCAAUGAAGAAGAAGAUGAAGAAGCUCAAGCUGAGGAUGAAGUUGAAGAAGAGGAUGAAGAUCAAGCUGAGGAAGAAGAAGACAACGGUAAUGUCUCCGAUGGUUCUACUCUCACCACACCACCUGACACCGACGAAGAACUCGAAAGCAUGGAGAUUCUUGAGCGCGAACAACAAGCCAAACGUCUGGUAGUCAAGCUCAAGCUUAAACCCAGCACAGCCAGCAAGUUUCCAGGGGGCAAACGACCAGCCACUAAGCCUACAGGAAGCAAGCCUACAGUCACCAAGUCUACUGUCACCAAACCUACAGCCAACAAUCCCGCAUCAAACACGCGGAGUACUAGUAAGGCCACCUCGGGCAGGUCAAGCGCCCCUUCUUCUCCGCCACCUCCUCCAGAGAAAAGCACCAAGAAGACGAGCCCCGCCAAGAAAACGAUGACUGAUUCACGGAAAACGACGGAAGCGCCCGAAACGCCCGAAGCGCCCGAGCCAAAGGGAAAGCCGCGAUGGGUCAAGCCAGCUGAGACGGCAGUCAUACCAGAUUCGCCAGAAGUUUUUGCAGCCGCGAAGAAAGCGGGCUGGAAGUGGUCGCCCAUGCCCAAGUCAGACGAAGAAGCAGUCGCCCUACAUCGCGCGUCCAAGCCCGCAGGCUCAGUCGACAAUACAUGGAACCAUGAAGCGAUCAAAGAUCUUGAUAAGCGCAUCAAGAGGAACGAGAAGUAUGAUUUCAACCACGAGGCCUUCAACAGCGACUUGCAAGAGGACCCUUUUGUGAAGAAGAAGGCUGCUCGACGUGAGUUCGAGGAUUGGCAUGAGGGACAUGCUCGCGAGGAUGGCGCGGCGGCAGUCACUGCGAUGCUCAACACCGCCGACAUUCCGCCCAUGGGAUACAUGGGUGACUUGAAAGAUCUCGUCACGAAGAAGCAGUUACCCGAGGAUGAGCUUGUGCUCGCUGAGUCCCGCGACGCUGCCAUCAAGAAGAAGGACGCGCUCAUGGAGAGGAAAUCCAGGCCUAAGAUGGAUCAACCGCAGCAGAGGAAUGUCAUGAGCGAUUCUGAGUCUACGGGCGAUGAGUCUGUCGAUGACGAGGAUGAUGAUGAGGAUGAUGAUGAGGAGCUUUGA